GUGUGUGUGUGUGUGUGUGCAUGAGUGAGUGAGUGAGUGAGCAAGUGCAUGGCUUGUGUGUCAACCAGUGUUCCUGCUUGUCUGGCUCCUCAAGUUAAGUUGACUCAGAGUCAGUCCCAGGCUCAGCGAGCCGGUCUCCCUCUCUAUCUCUCUGCCUAUCUCACUCUAUCGCCAGCAUCAACAGCCCUCCGGUCUCAGCCACUGCAGGACUUGCCGAGGCCUUUCGCCCGAGGCCCGUAUCAGUCACAGACAGACAACCCCCCGCUGACGGGCACCCCCUGGUUUUUAGCGGCCCCAGAGCCCAACGGCAAGCAUUGGAAAUGGCGAACAUGACAGCAACGGCCUCCGAGGGGAUAGAGCUGACCUGUGGCAUGUCCGGGAGGCACAGGUUCAUCUUCACCCUGGUGCCCGUGGUGUACGGCUUCAACUUCGUCAUCGGCGUGGUGGGCAACAGCAUGGUGGUGGCGGUCAUAUACCGCUACAUGAAGCUCAAGGCGGUGGCCAACAUCUUCGUGCUCAACCUGGCCAUCUCCGACCUCACCUUCCUCAUCACCCUGCCCAUGUGGGCCACCUUCACGGCCACCGGCUACUACUGGCCCUUCGGCAGCUUCCUGUGCAAGGCCUGCGCCGGGCUGGUCAUCUUCAACCUCUACACCAGCAUCUUCUUCCUCACCGCCCUGAGCAUUGACCGCUAUCUGGCCAUCGUGCACCCAGUGCGCUCGCGGCGCUACCGCACGGUGGGCUACGCACGCAUCAGCUGCGUGCUGGUGUGGAUCUUCGCCUUUGUGCUCAGCGUGCCAACCGCGCUGACACGGGACGUGCACUUCAUUGUCAACGGGACCACUGUGUGCGGCAUCCUGCACUCAAAGGACGCCCCGAGGCCCGACAACCUGCUGCUGGCCAUCAGCCUGAUGAAGAGCCUGCUGGGCUUCUUAGUGCCCUUCCUCAUCAUCAUCACCUGCUACUGCCUGAUCGGACGGGCGCUGAGGAGGUCCCGGUACAUCCAGAAGAGUGUGCGUUCCCGCGACGACGAGGUGCUGCGCAUGCUGGCCGCCGCCGUCCUGGCCUUCUUCCUGUGCUGGGUGCCGCACCAGGUGGUCCACUUCCUUCAGGUGCUGAACCAGAUGAAGGUGCUGAAGGAUUGCUCCAUCUUGGACAUCAUCGACACGGCCAUGCCCUUCACCAUCUGCAUCGCCUACUUCACCAGCUGCGUCAACCCCAUCUUGUACGGCUUCGUGGGGGCCAACUUCCGCAAGAACCUGCUGCGGUUGCUGUGCUGCGCACAGCGCGGGAUCCCCCUCCCCCAUCCCAGCAUCAGCUCCAAGAUGAGCGCGCUGUCCUACCGCGCCAGCGAGGCCCUGAGCCUGACCACCAAGAACAAGACCUCGUCCGCCGACAGCAAGUGAGGACGGGACUGGAGCGAGGACGGACUGAGCCGCCCUGCACUGGCGGAAUGCGAUGCUUGUAAGGAAACCCCCCAACUGUAUUACUAAAGCACUGAAACUCCAGGAGAAGACAAGCCCACAGAUGUUGCAUGUUGUGUUCCUGUAUAUUCUAUAUGACGUUAUUCCAGGAUACCUAAUUAACCGUACACAGCACUAGGGUGUGGUAACAAUCCUUAUUUAUAAAAAGUGAAACGUAAUAAAUAUGUCUGCCAGACUUACCCUUGCUAGUAUAUGGUAUAUGGUCCUGUCCUACUCAUAUAUACAGCUAACGAGCCAUCAUACCAGUGAGAAAUUAACUUAAUUGUCCAGUAGUUCAAAAUGAGCACUAGAAAUAUAUAUAGCAUGGUUCAUAUACUGUAUACUGCAAGUUUUCACCGUGUCAACCUAGCCAGAGUGAUGAUGCAUUGACGUUAUUCCCAAUGCUGUGUUCUUUGUGUCUUUAAUGGUCAAAUGCAUGCAAGUAUGGACGUGGAAGACCACAGGCUCACUGUUGCUUUGUGCUCCAACAAAUUGGAAGCCCAAUACAAUCGGAUGAAAAUUAUAUAUGUUGUUAUGACGAGGGGAUAUGUUUAUGUGCUUUAUGUUUAUGUUCAAUAUGCUGUGCUCCCGGUGGCAGUGUUGAGGUGUAGGUGUACGUUGCAUACUGAAAUUUGACUUGCGGUGUUAAGGAAGUUCUGGAGAAAUAGAACGUAUCGCACAAGCACUCCAGGCAGGGUGUUUUGUUGUCCAUAUCUGUGGUGAUUGCAUCUUUGUUGUAUUUAAACAUGUUCAAUGUUGAUGCAUUUUUUUGUACUUUUUUGUGUGAUUGUACAGUUUGUGAAUAUAUGAAAACAUAAAUAAAAGGUAAAUACAUGUACAA